CUUAUUUUCCAAUACAUUCCAUAUAUAAUGGAAGUAGAAAGAAUCCAAACCUUGGCUUUCAGUAACCAACUUAAGGAGCUUCCACCACAGUUCAUUCGCCCAGUUAAUGAGCGUCCUGAGAACACUAAAGCCGUGGAGGGUGUAACCGUACCCGUAAUUUCUCUCUCUCAACCACACCAUGAUCUCCUCGUGAGGGAAGUCGCCGAAGCGGCUUCCCAAUGGGGAUUCUUCCUCUUGACCAGCCACAGCAUAUCGCCGUGGCUGUUCAAACGGUUGCAAGAGGUGGGGGAAGAGUUCUUUGCCCUGCCUCAAAAGGAGAAAGAGGCUUAUGCUAAUGACCCUUCUAAUGGGAACUUUGAAGGUUAUGGGACAAAGAUGACCAAGAACCUUGAAGAGAAGGUGGAGUGGGUUGACUAUUUUUUCCAUAUCAUGGCUCCUUCUUCUAGGGUCAACUAUGACAAGUGGCCCAAAAACCCUCCCUCCUAUAGGGAAGUGACAGAAGAAUACAAUAAAGAGAUGUUAAGGUUGACAAAUGAGGUUUUAGAACUUCUGUCGGAAGGGUUAGAGUUAGAGAAAAAGACAUUGAAGUCAAGUUUAGGAGACGAGAAAAUAGAAUUAGAGAUGAAGAUCAACAUGUAUCCACCAUGCCCACAACCUGAACUUGCAUUGGGAGUUGAGCCUCACACUGAUAUGUCAGCACUUACCUUGCUUGUCUCAAAUGAAGUUUCUGGCCUCCAAAUUUGGAAAGACAACAAAUGGGUCGCCGUUGAUUACUUGCAAAAUGCAAUCUUUGUUCACAUUGGUGAUCAACUUGAGAUAUUAAGCAAUGGAAAGUAUAAGAGUGUUCUACAUAGAAGUUUGGUGAACAAGGAAUGCAAGCGCAUGUCAUGGGCAGUUUUUGUUGUGCCACCACAUGAGGUAGUGAUUGGGCCUCUUCCUCCACUUCUCAACGAUCACAAUCCUCCUAAAUUUUCAAUAAAAACGUAUGCUGAAUAUCGUCACUGUAAAUUCAAUAAGCUUCCCCAAUAGAACAAAUUAUAUGAAAUCAGCACAAGAA